AGGACAGGGAUGUUUUCGCAAAUAAUGCCAUAUUGAGCUGGCCAAGGAUUGUUGUCUCCAUGAUCAGUUGAUACUCCUUGUUACUCCAUGCUGUAUUUGAGAAAAUUGGAAUUUUGCCUUCAUGGGAAUGGGAUUUUGCUAAAUACCAUCGAACUUGUGGGCUUCGCUUGAUUGACCUUAUGAACGAUGUCCUUCACGUUAGAAUGUCAUUUCUCGAUUUUUGACCAUUUCGCAAAUUUAGCAGCUCAUUUUUUAACAUGGUUGAACACUUUUGCCCCUGCCUCCAUCUUCCUUAUCUCUUCUUCCUCUGGUCACGAGUAUCGUUCCCAUCUGCUCGUACCGCGCCGCUGGAGGCGCUGCGCUACUGCCCAGCGGCCGCCGCCGCCGCCGCCCCCAGGAGCCGGUGCCCUGCAGGCGCUGCCCCAGGAGUCGCCGCCCCCAAGAGCAGCCGCCCUAGAGCAGCCGCUGCCUGGAGCAGGCGCAGGCCCCGCGGACGGGCAACAGCAGGGCAGGCCGCCCCUCCAGCAGCAGGGCGUGCCGCCCCUUCACAUCCUCCCCUCCCUUGCACGCCUGAUCCAGAGGAUGCAGCCACGUCACUGCAGCCGAUCCCUCCCGGUUGCAUUGACAUGGCCCUGGACUCAAGUAAUUUUGUUUCUAUCAAGUCAAGUCAUCAAGAAGAAAAAAGAUUUGGGAAUAAGCAAAGUGGUAGUUGAGACGGACUCAAUGCUGGCGCAAUUAGCUCUGACGACCUCUACCUUCUCUCUGGCACCCGUGGGUGGUAUUGUGUACGAGAUUAAGUACUUGAUGAAUUUGUUUUUCAAUUCUUUACAAGUGGUGUUUUGCCCUAGAGAUUGUAAUAGGGUGCCGCACACUGUGGCGGCGCUUGGUUGUAAGUGUCCUCCCGAUACUGUCGUCUCAUGGGAUGGCAUGCCUCCGAGCUUGGAGGAUAUAGUGACUAGUGAUAUCACUGAGUCAUCGGUUUAAUGGAAUGAAAAUUCCUUCAAAAAAAAAAGAAGAAAAAAGAUCGAAACU